AUGAACAAGGAGCGUAUGGUGCAAAUUACUCGGCAAAAGGUUGGCGGCCUUGGGCUCAGCAUCAAAGGCGGGUCGGAGCAUAAACUGCCCAUUCUUAUCUCUAAGAUAUACAAAGAUCAGGCGGCUGACCAGACGGGACAGCUGUUUGUCGGUGACGCAGUUAUUAAAGUAAACGGCGAGUACAUAACAGCGUGCAAGCACGACGACGCGGUGAAUAUUCUACGCAACGCCGGGGACAUCGUCGUGCUCACUGUCAAACACUACCGGGCUGCCACACCCUUCUUACAAAAACAAGCGGACGGUGCGUCGGACACGGAUAGCAGUACGGGCGACGACCACCCAUCGCUACACAACAAGCCUGUCGACGCCAACUGCAAUGAAAAGACUUCAGAACAAAUCAACGGAGGGUGGCAAAGUGCGUGGACGGAAGGCGAUGAGAACAGUCGCCCUGGGUCUGCGGCGGGAUCGGCCCGAGGCUCGCGACCUCCUUCGGUGGCGUCGGACCGAACCGUCGACCAGCCCCGGGAAUGGCGGGACGUUAUAUCUGUGCCGUUGAUGAUGGGGUAUGUCACUAGAUAUGUGUUCGGCACGGACAAGUUGCGACCUGGCGCGUUCGAGGUGCGCGGUGCGCGGCCGCAGCUCACGACGGGCGUCAUCCACGCCGAGGACCCCGCCGCGCUCUCGCUGUGGCUCAAGAGCAUCUCCGACAACAUCGUGGGGCUCACAAACCUGCAGAUGAAGCUGUUCAACCGUCAUCUGAUGGUCGGUGAGCGUAUAGAGUACAUGGGGUGGGUGCACGAAGGCGUGGUCCAGUCGCAGCAGCCCUGGCAGACGUAUCGACCCAAGUUCCUCGUACUCAAGGGCACCGAUGUCAUGUUGUUCGAUGUACCACCGAUGAAGAUCGGCGAUCUGGCCACGUGCCCCGAGACGCUGAAGGUGUACCAGACGAUGUUCCGCACGGUGAAGGAGAGCGAGACGGUGGACUGGCGCCAGCACUGCUUCCUCGUGCAGCCGAGCGCGGCCGGGCCGGGGGGCGCGGCGGCGCCGGCCCCGCGCUACUUCAGCGCGGAGACGCGCCAGGACCUGCUGCGCCUCGACGCCGCCUGGACCGCCAACAUCGUCAACUCCGUCAUCCGCCUCGGGUGUGUAUGGGAUUACCGAAGACCUAACCCUGUUAAGGCCGAAAGGCAUAAACACUGA